UGGGCCCCAGUGUGAAGGUGAUUUCUUGUUCCAAGAGACGGAACGCGUGAAGUUUAAGUCCCCGCACGUGACAGCCACCCGCCGCAUUACAAUCUCUGGCAUCACUCGCGGGCGGUGUCGGGUCGACUUCGUCGUCGUCGGCAAAGCACUUGUAACCACUUGCCUCUUCGUUUUUCCCCAACGCUCACCCACGUACCUUAUCUUGAAGCGACACGACGAUGGCGUCCAGGCUCUCUAACGUUGCUCGGCUCGUGGCCGCUCGCAGGACUACCUCUGUGGCGGCAAAGCCUGUGGCAACUGCUACCCCGAUCGCGCACGGUCACUCUUUGGUCGUUCCAUACGUGCACAACCCCCUCACGGAUUUCAAGAACGGCGUGCCUGAAUCACAAGUUCGGGAGCUGAGGCCACAGGAGAAGAAAUGGGACUUCUGGACGACCUCGGAAGCUUUCCUGGAGAACAAGCCCAAGUUUGGCGGUCUCAGCUGGGUUCCUGCCGGUGACAUCUGGGUCAUUUCGCGUGCUGGAAAGUACCACAAGACUUGUGAAGCUGGAACACACUUCCUGAUCCCUGGACUGGACAAGAUCAAGGCGGUCAAGUCUGCUCACCCAAUCGCCAUGGGAGUUGUGACACCUGGUGCCGCCACUAAGGGAGGAAAGCAGGUUGACGCUUACGCCGUUGUGUACCUUAAGGUCACCAACCCCGCUGCCUCUGCUUUCUACGUCGAUACUGAGAGCAACACCUUCGACUCGGAGCGCGCCGCCGCCAAGGUUGUUCGCCGCGUUCUGGAAAGGGAAAUUGCCAACGCCCAGGUUGGCUCCGACGGCGAACUGUCAGCAUCCGACAAGUCCAACAUCAUCAACAAAAUCACCGCCACGCUGAACGCGCAAAGCGACGAUUUCGGUCUUGAGGUUGUGCGUGCUGAGGUCCGCGGCGCCUUCCCCACCGACGCCAACAUCCCCGACAAGCUUCGCGCUCUAGACCCCCCGAUUCGUGACGCCGACGAGGUCGGUCACGGCCUCAGCGCCGACUACUGGUCCGAGGUCUUGACACCACCCUUCUUCGAGAAGCGCACUUUCGGAAGCAACAAGGAGAUCCGUACCCCCGCCACUGUUUCUCUGGAAUGGUGUAUCCCAUCUCCUCCCGACUACCAUCACUUCAACGAGCCCGCGAGGAUGGUCGCUUCCGCUCCGGGAGCCCCUGCGAAAGCGCACUAAAGAUAACCGAAAACUAUUGUUUAACCGGAACAGAGGAGGGAAAGACAUUGACCAUCGUGAAGAAGACGGGGGCCGCAUACCCAGAGAUUUAGACGUGAUGUGUCGGGUCUCUCCAGCUUUUUUUCCCUUGUCCAUGCAGAAAAUAUACACUCAUAUUGACUCUUAUGCGAUGUCAGAAUCAUGACUUCAUGUGAUGGAUUUGGCGAACGGAC